AUGGCGGUGGAAGUUGUCCAGUUUCUUGUAAGAAAGUACGUGGAUAGCCUUGCGGAGGAGGAGGCAGCAGCGGAGCUCCCUUUCCGCGCGCACUUCUACGACGUCAAGGCCGAACUGGAGAAGGCCGCCAUUUCUUCCACCAACGCCGAUGAGCUCCGGCAGUGCCUGUACGAGCUCAACGACCUGCUCGCCGAGUGCCGCAUGCUCGCCAGCCGGACGAACACUCGGCCGGGCUGCUUCUCCCCGUCCGAAGCGUGGCGUUCCAACAGGGUGAAGACGAGGGUGAUCGCCGUCAAGCGCCGCGUUCUGCGGUGUGUCGAGAGCGAUUCCAGCGGCAACGCCGCAGCCUUGGAGGAGGAGGACAGCGCCGCCGCGGGCUUCAGCCGGUGGACCACCUCCUGGCUCGAAGAGGGCACCGUCCACGGGUUCGACCAGCAGCUCGCCGAGCUGGAAUCCAUGGCGUUCGGGGCGGAGUGCGGCGCCGGAGGUCUUACCGGCGUCGGCAUCGUCGGCAUGGGCGGCGUCGGGAAGACCGCGCUCGCGCAGCUCGUGUUCAACAGCCCGCGGGCGAGGCGCCGCUUCUUCCCCAGGAUCUGGGUGUGCCUGUCGCGCACCGCCUGCGCCGGAGUGGACGUGAGAAAGGAAGUCUUGCAGAGCAUGCUCAUGGCUCUCGGCCUCGAGGAGGAGGUCAUCUUGUCCAUGGAUGGUGGCAACGGCCUGGGAGAGAUGGUGUUUGCAGUCCAUGAGCAGCUCAAGGGGAAGAGGUACCUCGUAGUAUUCGACGACGUCUGGAACGUCGACGGCUGGUACGCCGACGUGGUAGGCCGCCGGAAUGCCUCGCCCACCGGCGAGGAGUGGGGAGAGCGCCUCGCCUUCGGGUUGCCCAAAGAGAGAGGCGGGGUGGUGGUCGUCACCAGCCGGCUGGAGCAAGCGGCAGAGACGAUGGUCGGGAAGAGCAGCUUGCACCGUGUGCAGCCAUUGGCCGACGGCGAGAGCUGCUGGGCAAUUUUCAUGGAUGCAUUUUCCAAGGAAAGACGGCCGGCUGACGUCACCACUGUCAACAACAUGAAAGAUGAGAUCAUUGAUACCUGCGGUGGGCUCCCGUCAGCGGCCAAGACACUGGGAGACAUCUUUGCAAGGAGUUUAUCAUCGCCCGCCUCAACUUCUAGCCAGGAACUUAGCAAGAAUAGGUAG